AUGAGGUAUGAUGCCGGGAGAGCACAGCAACCAGGGCGAGUGUUCACUACAUCUACUGUAGGUGCCGAAGGAUUCGAGACACUAAUAAGACGUAAUUGUGAAAUGGCUGGUAAAACUUUAAUUGUCUUAUUUGAUACUGGAGAAUCACACUCAUUUAUAGCAUUCGAGAAGGCUAGUGAGUUAGGAUUGAAGAUAGUUGUGUUGGCCUAUGAUUUAAAAGUGCAUAAUGCUACCUCUGAAGCUAUUGUGACUAGAUUAGGCUAUCCACAAUAUCGUAUUCUGCUUGACUGUUAUGAAAGGUCAUUGCAUUUUAUGUCGGAAGGGUUAGAAGGACCGGUUGUGGCGAAGAGUUAUUAUCUGAAUUCUAUUAUUGUAAACUACAGUGGAUGUGAAUGUCAGGGUGUUAUGCUAUUAGCUGCAAAUGUGUCAGGUGACGAACAAAGUUUGAAUCAGAUUCCAGUUGUGAAUGAAUUUUCAGAAGUAUUCCUUGAGGAUAUACCUGAAUUUUCUCCUUCUCGUGAAAUCGAGUUUGCGACUGAGCUGGUUCCUGGAGCAGGACCAAUUUCAAUUGCGCCUUACCGAAUGUUGCCUUUGGAGCUGGCUGAACUAAAGGCUCAACUAGAGGAGUUAAUGAGUAAGAAAUUUAUUCGUCCGAGCGUUUCUUUGUGGGGAGCACCGAUAAGAGUAAGAGAUGAAGAUAUUCCGAAAACCACUUUCAGAACUCGAUAUGGUCAUUAUGAAUACACUGUGAUGUCAUUUGGGUUAACCAAUACCUCUGCUGUGUUCAUGGACUAUAUGAACCGAAUAUUCCAUCAUUUCCUGGAUAGAUUCGUCAUCGUCUUCAUUUAUGACAUUCUAAUAUACUCUAAGAUUGAGGAGGAGCACAUGGAACACUUGCAGUUUGUGCUGUAG